GGGACCUGUGAGACAUCGGGUGGAAACGGUGAAGGCUGUGAGAGCUACAGUCACGCAUGUUGUCUCCCCCACCCUGCCAACUUCAGCAUGUCCACCUCUGAGGCGCCUGGUGUGAGCAGUAACUUCAGCACCGUGCCCUGGGACCCUGGUUCCUCUGGUCCUCCUGGCCCCACAGACUGGCCGUCGGUGGCCAACAGCGUGGUGAAGAUGGUGCUGAUCUCAGCCAUCGUGUGUGUGUCUCUGUUUGGUAACGUGGUGGUGUUGUUAGUGUUCCAGAGGAAGCCUCAGCUCGUCCACGUGGCCAACCGCUUCGUGCUCAACCUCCUCCUGGCAGACCUGCUCCAGACUGUGCUGGUCAUGCCCUUCGCCAUCGCUGCCACCGUGCCUGGUGUGUGGCCCCUGGAUGCCCGCUUCUGCCAGGCCCUGAUAGUGCUCAUGCACCUGUUUGCCUUCGCCGGGGUGAACACCAUCAUCGUGGUGUCGGUGGACCGUUAUCUGGCCAUCAUCCACCCGCUGUCCUACCCCACCCGCAUGACCCCUCAUCUCGGCACCAACCUCAUUGCCUGCACCUGGGUGUUGAGUCUGCUCCAGAGCACGCCGCCCCUCUAUGGCUGGGGGGCCAUAGACUUUGACCGCAAGCAUAACAUGUGUUCUGUGGUGUGGUCCUCCAGCCUAUCCUACUCAGUACUGGUUGCCACCUGCUCCUUCUGGCUGCCGGUGCUCAUCAUGCUGGGCUGUUACUGGAUGGUGUUCAGGGCAGCUAGGAGGCAGAACGCCCUUGUGCACCCCAUCCAGACCCAGUCUAAGUCCCAGCCCAACCGGCCUCCGAAUCCCCAGGCCCCCUGCCCCGGCAGCCCCCAGCGCCCACCCCAACAGGCACCCCCACCCCUGGACUCCUUCUCAGCCGGGGGGUACCCCAUCCGGGGCAGGCACAGACGUUUCCACUACCACUGCAAGGCAGCCCGGGUGGUGUUCGUCAUCAUGGCCUCGUACAUCCUGAGCAUGGGACCUUACAGUGUUCUCAACACGGUCUCCAUUCGCUCCAGUGCUGCUGUGCCUCCAUGGCUAGCCUCCCUAGCCCUGGUGCUCUUCUUCUUGCAGUGCUGCCUCCACCCCUACAUCUACGGCUACAUGCACCGCAGCGUGAGGAAGGAGUUCCUGGCCCUGCUGUGUGGUCCACUCUGCAGGCAGGGCCGUCCCUGCCACAACUCCGCCCAGGACAGCUGCUUCACCGUGACCGACGGACGCUCCACGCUCCCCAACAUGCCCACGCGUGUCUGCCCCCUCCGCACCUGGGAGGAGGGCACCACCACAGAGGCUACCUCCUCCUCCCCCACCAUGGAUAGGAGGUCCAGGGACACCCGCAAAGAGACCACCAGCCUGAGCUCUGAGAGAGAGCUGACUGUCCACACCACUACCAAGUAG